AUGGCCAAAUCAAUCCUCCUCAUCAACGGCCCCAACCUCAAUCUUCUGGGCACUCGGGAGCCGCACAUCUACGGCUCAACCACCCUCUCCGACGUCGAAGAAUCAUCCAAAGCUCACGCCGCCUCGUUCGGUGCCACCCUCCAGACGUUCCAGUCAAAUCACGAAGGUGCCAUCGUGGACCGUAUUCACGCUGCCCGCGGAAACACCGACGCGAUUGUCAUCAACCCUGGCGCAUACACACAUACAUCCGUCGCUAUUCGAGAUGCGCUGUUAGGCGUCGAUAUUCCCUUCAUCGAGCUCCAUGUGAGUAACGUGCAUGCGCGGGAGCCGUUCAGGCAUCACAGCUACUUCAGCGAUAAGGCGUCAGGAAUCAUUGUGGGCUUGGGCGUGUAUGGGUACAAAGUCGCGGUGGAGCAUGUUGCGCUGAACUUCAAGCCUCUGGAAAAGAAGGCUGCUCUGUAA